ACACAAUUUUUCAUUCAAUUAAACUUAACAUUAACAACUAAUAAGAACACGAACGCUUAGAAUACCAAGAGAGGACUUGUAGAUGUCAAAAGCUAACCCAAAUCCCACACAUCUCUCAGUUCUCAUAAAUUACAUACAUGUUUCACCUUUCUAUUCUUAUAUCAAAAAGAAACCACACAAUACAACAGACGAGAAACUGAUCAAACUUCGUGAGUGGUUACUUUGAGCAGAUGCCGGAUGAGGAAUUGGUCUACCACGUCACAUUGACCAUUUGUAUUGAGACUCAAACCCAGCAUGAUAACUUCUCUCCUAUACACAGUAGUGUAUCCUAAACUUUUAAAUCAUGUUAGUAUUUAUCCACUAUAUACACAAGAGAAUUUUACACAAAGUUAAAAUGUGAAAUAUUUGUUACUUUUAUAUUUAUUCAAAUUUAAAAGUUUUACCAGUUUUCAAGUCACAUAGUUUAGAUUUCAUUUCUUAUUCACAACUCUGAUUUUGAUAACUAAAUAAACUAAUUCAAAGUCUCAUAAAACUACAUCUACAUCACGUCUAAGUCUAACAUCCAGUCAUUCCGACAAACAUUUUCACCAAAAAAAAACUGAAAAAUAUUAAAGCCACUCCGUUUUCCGACAAUAAUACCAUUAAAAACAAGAUUUUGAUAUAUUAAUAAAUAACAAAAACACUAUUUUAACGUGGAAAAAAUAUUUAUAAUAUAAUCAUAUUUUAUUCCACCUUCGAAUUUUCACGAAUUGAAAAGAGAUUCCACUAACCCAACGUGCAUGCGUCACACUACCAACCUACGUAGUACGCACGUCUGUUCCGUAGCAUAAUCACCAUUACUAUUUUGUCCUGAACUUCACACCCUCACCCUUCCUCUUCCACAGGCCAUUUUCGUAAUUUACUUCUGAUAAUCUCACAGAUUCAAGAACCUAUAUAAGAGAAACUAAUCAAAGUCGCAUCAUAUAAUCUAAUGUCGUCUCAAGAAACCAAAUCAGAUCAAAGAAAAGGAGCAGAGAUCUUCAAUGGCGUAUCAAUCUGCAAGCAAAAAGCUCACGAGAUCUUAUCGAACAUGAAUCUACCUAAAGGACUUCUCCCUUUAGACACAAUGACCGAGAUCGGUUUCAACAAGUCAACCGGUUAUUUCUGGAUCAAGAUGAAGAACAAGGUUCAGCACAAGUUUAAAAGCAUCGGCAAAAACGUAUCGUACGAUUCAGAGGUUACUGCUUUCGUUGAGAACCGUAGGAUGCGUAGUCUUACCGGAGUCAAGAGCAAAGAGCUUUUGAUUUGGGUUACCAUCUCUGAGAUUUUUGUUGAUGACCAAGAUCCGACCAAAAUUACUUUUGCUGGUCCCUCGGGUUUGUCACGUUCUUUUCCUGUAUCUGCUUUCGAGGAAUAGAAGAAAUGAUCUGUCAACGGUAUAGUUGAGCUUUUAUUUUCCUGCUCUCGUAAGCUAAAAGUUUAUGUAAUAAUCUUUGUGUUUUCUUUCUUUACGUCUGGUAUUGUUUCUCUACCAUUUUUGUUUUCAUAAUUUCAAUCAAUUUACAAUCAUUGAGUGCUCGAAAUUCAAUUUUUUUUUCUAGAGUAGUUAUUCUCUACAUAUUAAUAUUCAACUUGUAAAAUGUGUCAUAUAAGAAAUCUAAGAUG